GGGUGCAGGGAACCCAACUCAGGUCUUCUUCAAGAGCAACAAAUACUUCUAACUACUGAGGCAUCUCUAGCCCCAAUUUACAAAAAAUAUUUAAAUAGUAUUUAUUUGCAUACAUGGGCAUGGAUGUGCAGCGUGUUACUGAAUGCAUGCUAAUGUCAGAGGAGAGCUUUCAGGGGUCUCUUCUCUCCCUCCACCAUGUGGGUCCUGGGGACCCAGUUCAAGCUGUCAGACUGGGCAAGCAGGCUCCUUCAUCAAGUCCAAAACCUGUUUGGGUUUUUUUUAUAGUUUGGAGACAGGGUCUCACCAUGUGACCCUGGCUGGCCUGGAACUUGUUAUGUAGAGUCAGCACACUGUCAAACCUGGUCUUUAAAUCAUUUCCUCUUAUGUUUUUAAUUUAGUAGUGUUGGGGGCUGCAUACCACUGGGCAUGUAUGAAGGUCACCAGAGAAGUCUGUGGUGUCCGCUCUUCCACCUUCAUGUAGGGUCCAGGGACUAAACGCAGCUCAGCAGCCUUGUGCAACAAGGGCCUCUACCCACUGAACCAUCUCCGUGGCCCUACUUAGUUUUCUGAGAUCAUGUCUUGGUAUAUUGUGAAGGUUGGCCUUCAAGUCCUGGGCUCAGGUGAUACAGUCGCCUUGCAGAUAGCAGUGACCAUGGGCACUUGCCACCCCACUGAAUUUUUUUUUUGUAUAUGUUUAACAUUUGACACACACACACACACACACAGAGGCUACAGCAUGAGUGUGGAGGUCAAAGGGCAGUUUGUGUCAGUUUCUCUGUGUGGAUCCUGGAGAUUGAAGUCAUCAGGCUUAGCAGCACGCCCUUUACCCAUGGAGCCAGUAUCUGCUCACCAACGCUUAAAGAAACACACUCGGGAGAGUUAACACAACUCACUUAAAGGCACAGUAGCUGUGGGGCAUGAGGCACGUUUGUUCCUCUCCCUGACUUCCAUUCUGCCUCUCUAUCCCCAUAUUCCUCUUCUUUCAGCAGAGGGCUCUCUGCACCCUGCUCAGAGUACAGGGACUCCUGGUUUGCUUGUCACUCCAGACGUCUCUAGUUUCUCCCUUUUCCUCUGUUAUACACAUAUUUGCAGAGUGGAAAUGUCCGUCCCUUGUGCCGCCCCACCCAGCACUGUUGUCCAACAGGGAAGAGGUAGGCUGUUCUACCCACACCCCUCCCUCUUAGGUGUGAGCAUGGGCAGGGGCUCCUGCACCUUAAAGCUCCAGACCAACACCCAGAUUCCAGGUCCUUCUGCUCUCCUGCCGAGACUGCUGUGGCGCCUGCCAGUCCAGCAGAGAGACACUCGCUGGCUCCCCUGCUCUGCUCCAGCAACCUCCGAUGCCUUGUGAUGGCCACAUCCAAUUCUUCUGCCUCUCUGCCCACCCUCUUCUGGGUCAAUGGCUCUGGAGACAGCGUGCUGAAUACUGAUGGUGCCGCAAUGCCCGUCCAGUUCCUUGCUCUGAGGAUCAUAGUUGCCCUGGCCUAUGGACUUGUAGGUAUCAUCGGCUUGCUGGGAAAUUUGGCUGUACUGUGGGUGCUAAGUAACUGUGCUCAGCGUGCGCCUGGCCCACCUUCUGACACCUUUGUCUUCAGCCUGGCUCUGGCAGACCUGGGGCUGGCCCUCACUCUCCCUUUCUGGGCAACUGAGUCAGCACUGGACUUCCACUGGCCUUUCGGAAGUACCCUCUGCAAGAUAGUCCUGACGACCACUGUCCUCAGCAUCUAUGCCAGCAUCUUCCUCAUCACCGCGCUGAGUGUGGCCAGAUACUGGGUGGUGGCCAUGGCUGUGGGACCAGGCAGUCACCUCUCUGUCUUCUGGGCCCGUGUGGUCACCCUGGCAGUGUGGGUGGCAGCCGCCCUGGUGACUGUACCCACAGCAAUCUUUGGGGCCGAGGGUGAGUUGUGGGGCGUGCGCCUCUGCCUUCUGCGUUUCCCCAGCAAAUACUGGCUGGGGGCAUACCAGCUACAGAGGGUAGUUCUGGCCUUCAUUGUGCCCUUGGGCGUCAUCACCACCAGCUACCUGCUGCUGCUGGCCUUUCUACAGCGUCAGCCGCGAUGCAGGCCCCGACAGUGGCAGGACAGCCAAGUGGUGGCCCGCUCUGUCCGGAUCCUGGUGGCUUCCUUCAUCCUCUGCUGGCUUCCCAACCAUGUGGUCACUCUCUGGGGUAUUCUGGUCAAGUUUGACCUGGUGCCCUGGGACAGCACUUUCUACAUCAUCCAUACUUACGUCUUUCCUGUCACCACCUGCUUGGCACACAGCAACAGCUGCCUCAACCCUGUGCUCUACUGUCUCCUCCGGCGCAAACCUCGGCAGGUUCUGGUCAGCUCCUUCAGGGAUCUUUGGUCAAGACUGUGGCCCCAGAGCAAGGCCUGUGUGGAGCAAGUGGCCCUCAAGGAGGUAGGUGGGAGAUGGGUAGCCAGCACCCAGGAGAGUGGCCCUUCUACAACACGCAGAAACACAAAGGGACACCUGGAUGAAGGAUGCAACCUGGACACUCCCUUCUCUGAGAUCUACCGGGGGCACAACCCACAGGUUCUGGGGAGAAGCUGCUCUCUCUGCCAGGCUGCAGGGUCCCCAGGAGAAGUCUGAUCUUUGAUCAUCAGCUCUGGUCAGGACCUAGAAGCUGGAGCCCAGGCAAAGGUGGGCGUGGCAAAGCUUGUCUCUAGAGAUGGCAGAGAGAAACAGAAUAAAACUCUGGAUUAUCCACAGACUGUCUUGACCUUUCAUGCCAGUACAGCACAGCGUAACUUCCUGUAUGGGGUCUAGACUAACAGGUCAGAAAUCGGUUCUCCCUGUCCCACUCCCUUCAGAACAGGGUAUCCAUCAUGCCUCUUUGGUACCAAAACCAAAAAUGCCUUCUCUGGCCACUCAGAUGUACCCACAGAAAGGAUGCAGAGCCUCCCUUUUGCUGCAGGAAGAUGCCAGGGUGGGGCUUGCUGGACUCUCCAGGACCUGUCAGGAGGUACUGGAUGUGUAGCCUGGUGAGAACAGUGAAUAGACCUGUCUCCUCCUAUCAAGGAUUGAAGGGAGAUGAUUAGAAGGGAAAGCCAUGGUGAGGUGGACAGAGGUGAGAGGUGCGGAGGAGGUCAGGAGGAUCAGACCCAAGAAUCAGAAACCAGAGGCUAGUUACUCCCAGUAGCGUGCCAGAGCUCGUGGGUGUGAACCUUCCCCUCAGGCAAAUCACCUCUGUACAUCAGUUUUCUUUUUUUUUUUUAUAUUGGAGACAGGGUCACAUGUGACUCAGGCUGGCCUCAAACUAUGUAGCUGAGGGCAGCUUUGAACUCUAAUUUUGAUCCCAAAUGCUAAAAUUAUAGGCAUGGGCCAACACAUUUAGCUUUUUUGGUUUUGUUUUGCUUUCCAAGGCAGGGUUUGUCUGUACAACAGCCCUGGCUGCCCUUGAACUCACCGUAGAUCAGGUUGGCCUCAAAGUCACAGAGAUCCAUCUGCCUCUACCUCCCAAGUGCUGGGAUCAAAGAUGUGUGCCACCACCACCCAGCUACGUUUAGCCUUUUUAGUUCAGCUUAUUCUUGCCUCCUUUUUCUCCCUUUGUGUGUGUGUGCAUUUGUGUGUUGACACUUGCAUAUGUGGAUGCCAGAGGCAGAUGUAAGGUUUCUUCUUCAACUUAUCUCUCUGUGUCUCUGUCUCUGUCUCUGUCUCAAAGACAGGGUCAUACUAUGUAGCCCUACUGACCUGGAACUCACUAUGUAGACCAGAGAUCCACCUGCCUCUGCUUCCCAAGGGCUGGGAUUACCGGCAUGUGCCACCACACCUUGUUCUUUGAAAAAUUACACUUGGUGGGGCAAGAAGACGUGCUACUCACUCAUGAAAGCAGAGGACAGCAAAGAGUCUGGUCUCUCUUUCUACCAUCUGAGAUUCAGGGAUUGAGUUUAGAUUAUCAAGCUUGGUGGCAAGGACUUCUACCUGUUGAAGUAUUUUGUUUUUGGUUUUUGUGUGUGCCUGCACGAAUAUUAAUUUGUUGGUUUUUGUUUUGUUUUCUUUUUUAAUAUAUAAUUUAUUUUUAGCUUAUGUGCAUUGGUGUUUUGCCUGCAUAUGUGUCUGUGUGAGGGUGUCAGAUCUCCUGGAACUGGAGUUACAGACAGCUGUGAGCUGCCAUAUUGGUGCUGGGAAUUGAACCCGGAUCCUAUGGAAGAGCAGCCAGUGCUCUUAACCUCUGAGUUCUCUCCAUCAGUUCAAGUAAUUUUCUAAACCCUCCACAUGCUUUUCUUUAGAGACAAGGUUUCUCUAUGUGGCCAUGGCUGUGCUGGAAAUUACUCUGUAGACCAGGCUGACUCUGAAUUCAGAGAUCCACUGUCUCCUGAGUAUUGAGAUUAAAGGUGUGUGUCACAGUAUGGGGUGCUAGGAACCAGAUUCAGGUCCUGUGGAAGAUCAGGAAGCACUCUUGACUGCCAAGCUAGCUCUCCAGCCCCGUUCCACUUUUGAGAAAGGGUCUCUCAAUGACCUUGAAGCUGAGCUAUUGGCCUGACUGGCUGAGCAGUCAGAUUCAGCUGCUGCUAUACCUGGUUUUUAUGUGAGUGCCAGGGACCAUACUCAGGUCCUCAUGGCUGUAUAGCAAGUAUUAUAUUGAGCCAUCUAUUCAAUGCAGCCCUAUGUGUGUGCACGUAUGUGCAUGUGUGCGCGCAGUGGCUCAGAUUGGACUCCAACUCAAUAUGUAGCCAACGCUGGCCUUGAACUCCUGAUUCUCUUGUCUUUCCCUCCCAAGUAUUGCGGUUAUAGAUGGGUGCUGCCAUGCCCAGCUUUCUUUCAGUUUUCUAGAGGCUGGGAAUGUAUCUCAGUUGAUGGAGUGCUUGUCUAAUCCCUUAAGUUCAAGAUCUUCCUAAACUACACGAAGAGUCCAGGACCCGCUCCGGCAGGAGACUAUCUCAAAGGUGAGAGGCUAGUGAGGAUUCACUAUUAUUUGCAUAUUAUUGUGACUAUUGCUGGCAUCUUCCAUGUAAAAUGGAAAGGAGGAAAUAAGGACCGCUGAGAGACAGGCAUGGGGGAGCCGUCCAGGUCUGGUCUAUUAUUUUACAUGUCCUGGUGUGUGGAGUAUAAUGAAAGUCUCACAUAAAAAAAGAUCUGGUCAUGCAUACCCACACAUGCACACCAUCGACACACAUACAGAAUAAAAUAAUUUUUAAAGGGGAAGCAAGAUGGCACAGCAGGGAAAAUACUCGGCACACAAGCCUGGCAGCCUGGGUUGAACUGCCAAGUCCACAUAAAGGUGGACCGAGAGGCCCACGUAUGCGCAGUUGUUCUCUUAAUUUUCACACAUGUGCUCUGACAUGCACAUCACCACACACACGACCACUUCCUAAAAUUAGAAACAAUAACCAAAGCAAACACAGGGAGAGAGCUGUGGGUAGUGUUUGGAGCAAAUGUGCUGAGUCCCUGACUUCAGUUCAGGAUCUAGCAGCCAAUGUAAAAACACACCGGACACAGUGGUCCUGGGCAGGAGGAAGACGGGAGAAUCCCUGAGACUCACUGGCCACUCUAGCCAAAUCAGCAAGCUUCAGUGACAUACUCAGAAAUCCAGGUGAAGAGCAGUCAAGGAUGAAACCAACAUCAAGCUCUUCGAAGAGACAGACACUAACUAAAGGGUUAGUCCUUCAAAGCCCCCUUUCCAAGUGUCCUCUGAGCACAGGGUCCCCUUUGCUUCCAUCUUCAUUGAAAACCGUAAUGACCUAAAUCGUUCAUCACGAAGAAUCUUGCUGGGGGCUGCUUCCGGAAUGAAGGGGAAGCAGCAGAUGGAUGGAGGUCCUACUCCGUCUGCUCCCUUCAGGACUAGGCUCUGGGGAUGCUUUAUAACCAGGAUAUGACCAGCCACUCCAAACCCCAGAAUGGCAGCACCCUGUGGAGGGGAAGCCACAAUACCUCCAGGCGCCACUGCCUGUUCCACCCGGUUACCCAGAAGCUUUGAAGAGUCGCCCAACUCACAACAUAUUAAAGGAUGGGAACGAGGUUUAAUUAGCCUCUUGAUGUUUAAUUUCCUCUUUUUGAUAAUGUUUAAACUGGCUCCAAAAUGCCAGGUCUAUUCCUAGCCAUUCAGGAAGGUGGGAAAUCCUCCCCUACCUAAGCAUUCUUCCUCCUGUCCCAGCAGUGCCUCUAAUGGCCUGGCUGGGCCGGAUAUUGCCUUCUCUGGGGGCAUCUGCUUUACAGAUCCCCGGGGAUAAAUAUUGACAAAACUAACUCAACUAACUGCGUGUAGCCCUACUUUUGAUGGAGCAGGAUGGAGGAAAGAAGGGUGUGGUGAUGGAGAGCUGAGUACCCAGGCUUGGAGCCUCCUCGAAGGGGGCAGUAUGGUUUAGGCAAGGAGCUGACCCCUGGCUGCCAGAACACAUUGUCACAGAGGUUUGAAAUGGCAGCAGAGGAGACAGCAAUUAAGAGCAGGGUUAGGGAGGGGGAAGACCUAGGGACCGAUGAUGACAGGAGGGUGGGACUGGCUCUGGGCUGAUGAUGAGAUGGAAUUAUGGUAAUAAGGCAGCCGAAGCAACCCAGCUUCUUGGAACUCACUCUGGGACUCAGUUUCCAGGGUCUAGGUUUUUCCCCUGGGCCCUCUGGAGAAUGUUGGGAAACGGUAUUCCUUUUCUUUCCCUGACUCUACCACAGUCUCUUCUACUUGCCCUUUGCCUGCUUAGUGCUGCCCGGAACACGGCUACUGAGCCAUCAGAAUGCUUGAAACUGUAUGCGGCUGCUGGUAAGGCAGAGGGACAGAGCAGAGGGAGCUGAGGGCUGGCUUCUUGGCCUGGCAACUUUUUGCACCCAUUGUGUAAAAGAAAAACACCAGAGGCUGGGCAUACUGGCUCAUGCCUGUAAUUCCAACAUUUGGGAGGCUGAGGCAAGGGGGAUGAUGUGAGUCCAAGGCCAGCCUGGGCUUCACUGCGAGACCUUCUCUCAAAAAUAAUAAUAAAGUAAAUAAAUAAAUAUAUAAAACCAUUCCUACGGCCCAAGAAUCCCGUGAUUGGAUAGAAAGGGCCUCAGGAGGGCCAGAGGCUGACAGCGGGGAGGGUGCUGGUAGCUCCUCAAAGCCUGCUGCCCAUGCAAUUUCAAUUCUCCUUUUUCGUCGGGGUCCUGAGACCCUUCUCCUCACCCUACCUCACAGGCCGUGGGGGUGUGCAUGCACUGACCCUGCCCCGUGGCCAAAGUGUGGGGCCUAGAAACAGGAAGCGGGAUGAGCGAAAACCAAGAACUGAAACCAGUUACUGCCUUUCCACUGGGCAGCGUGCACAGGCUGCUCCUCUGAGAACUCAGCCCUGGGCUCUGACACUGUGGGAACGAACCACAGGGAGGAGGGGGCAGGAACAAGAGGGGUGGCGGGAGCCAGAUGUGCUCUCCAAGCACAGCAUACAAAUGAGAUGCAAAUGGCCUUUCUAAUAUUGGAGAGCCUGAGUGCUACUUCAUUUCCAUCCAUCCUUGUAAUUCUGAGACUUUUAACAAGGGUUUGGGCAGUUGUUUUUUUUUUUUUUUUUUUUCCGUGCCCUCUUCAGUGAGGUAGUGGCAGCCCCUUCACAGAAACCCGUGGUCACUGCCUGGCUGCAGGCACCGCAAUCCUCAGAAUGGGCCAUUGAGACAGCACCUCAUGCAUUUCAGGUCUUUAAUGUUUCCCUGCUCGGGCCUUUGCUCUCUUUGUUGCUCUGUCUCUGUCUUGUUUUUUUUUUUUUUUUUUUUUAACAAAUCGGCAGACAAAUGGCUAUUGCUGGUCGGUAUUAGGGUUGCAUUCAACCCCUCCCCCCAGUCUUGCUUACAUUUCAACCGUAGUUGCCAUAGUGGGAGAUGAGGUGAGGGUUCGUAGAGGUUUCCC